GAGCUAUCGCUUUAAAAAAUCUUCCUGUAGAAAAGAAGAAGUUAAUGCAGGAAAAAAAAGGGGCUAUAAAGCCUGGAAGUGAAGCUGCGCUUGCACAGUGUUUCCAGAACACAACUGGAGAAGGACGGCAGUCAGGAGUAUUAUUAUUAAUAUCAUUACACUUUACAAUGCAGACCGAUGCCUUGGUACGAAUACUGUCUGGGAUCUGGAUCUCAGUUUUGCUCCUUGAAGUUAACUGUACCCAACAGAAUCCAAUCCCCGAAGAAAAUCUUUUAGUUUUGACAGUGGCCACCAAAGAGACAGAUGGAUUCACACGUUUCAUGAGAUCAGCCAAAGUCUUCAACUAUACCGUUAAGGUGCUGGGCAGAGGGGAGAAAUGGAGAGGAGGGAACUACAAGACUGCUUCAGGGGGAGGUCAGAAAAUCCGUCUCCUGAAGUCUGCACUGGAGAAGUACGAGAAGGAAGAUCAAGUGAUCUUGUUCAUUGACAGCUACGACGUGGUCUUCGCAUCAGGUCCCAAAGAGCUGCUGAAAAAGUUCCAGCAAGCCAGCCACAGGGUGGUCUUCUCUGCAGAGAGCCUCGUAUGGCCAGAUCGGUACCUGGAGGACAAGUACCCCAACGUCCGGGAGGGCCAGAGAUUCCUCAGCUCAGGAGGUUUCAUGGGCUAUGCACCCAGCCUGAAGAAGAUGGUUGCAGAUUGGAAUGGAAAAGACGAUGAAAGCGACCAGCUAUUUUUCACGCAGCUUUACCUAAAUCCAGAGAAAAGGGAAAAGAUCAAUAUUACUUUGGACAACAAGUGCAGAAUAUUUCAGAAUCUCUAUGGAUCUUUAGAUGACGUUGUGCUGAAGUUUGAGGACGGGCGGGUCCGUGCUAGGAAUGUGGUUUAUGACACUUUACCAGUUAUAGUUCAUGGCAACGGAGCUAACAAGCUGCAGCUAAACUACCUGGGCAACUACAUCCCCAAAGUGUGGACGUUUGAAACGGGCUGCACUGAGUGUGAUGAGGACUUAAGGAGUCUGUCAGCUCUCAAGGAGAGCGAGUACCCCUUGGUGUUGAUUGGAGUUUUCAUCCAUCAGCCCACUCCGUUCGUCACUGUGUUUUUUGAGCGUCUGCUCAACCUCAAGUACCCCAAGGACCGGCUUCAGCUCUUCAUUUACAACCACGAGUCCCAUCACGAGCGCAACGUCAAGUUGUUCGUUGAGGCUCACGGGAGCGAGUAUCGAGCUGUGAAAGUUGUCGGACCGGAGGAGGGGCUGGACAACGCAGGGUCGAGGAAUCUGGGAUUGGAUCUGUGCCGGCAGGACGCAGAAUGCGAUUAUUACUUCAGCGUGGAUGUGGAGGUCGUCUUGAAAAAUGCUGACAUGCUCAAAAUCCUCAUUGAACAAAACAGGUCCAUAACUGCCCCCAUGAUCAGUCGCAAUGGAAAGCUGUGGUCCAAUUUCUGGGGGGCCCUGAGUGCUGACGGGUUCUACGCCAGGUCCGAGGAUUACGUGGACAUCGUUCAGGGGAGGAGGGUUGGUGUCUGGAACGUUCCCUACAUUUCCAGUGUCUACCUGAUUAAAGGCAGCGUCCUGAGGACUGAACUGACAGAUAAAGAUCUGUUCCACUCCCUCACACUAGACCCUGACAUGGCCUUCUGCAGCAAUGUCCGGGAACAGGGAGUGUUCAUGUUUGUUUCCAACAGGCAUGAAUUCGGACGCAUUCUCUCCACUGAAAACUGUGUGACGACUCACCUGCACAAUGAUCUGUGGCAGAUCUUUGAAAACCCACAGGAUUGGGAAGAACGAUACAUCCAUUCAAACUACACCCGAAUCAUGAAAGACAAAUUAAUAGAAACGCCAUGCCCUGAUGUCUACUGGUUUCCUAUUUUCACUGAAACCGGCUGUGAUCAUCUGGUUGAGGAAAUGGAACAUUUUGGACAGUGGUCUGGAGGCGGCAAUGAGGACUCUAGAAUUCAAGGGGGCUAUGAGAACGUUCCGACCAUAGACAUUCACAUGAAUCAGGUGGAGCUUGAGAAGCAGUGGCAAAAGUUCUUGCUUGAAUACAUUGCACCAAUUACAGAGAAAAUGUACCCCGGAUACUACACCAAGGCUCAAUUUGAUCUGGCCUUUGUAGUUAGGUAUAAACCCGAUGAACAGCCACUAUUAAGGCCUCAUCACGAUGCGUCCACUUUUACUGUAAAUAUUGCACUGAACACUGUUGGGAUUGACUAUCAGGGAGGGGGCUGCCGUUUCAUCAGGUAUAACUGCUCUAUCCAGGCUCCUCGAAAAGGGUGGGCGCUCAUGCACCCGGGACGCCUAACCCACUACCACGAGGGCCUCCCCACAACCGCGGGCACACGAUACAUCGCGGUGUCGUUCGUCGACCCUUAAGAGAAGCAGCGGCGUUUUUGAAGUGGCAAAAUUUAGGGACUGUUAGAAACUGAACUGACUGAAUUUUUAAAGCCCAACGCAGGAAGCUGUACCAAAGAAAUCCCUUCUGAUAUGCACGCAUAUGAACAGAGUGUUUGAGGGUGUUAUUCCCAAUUGAAGCUUUACGUCUUUGUCUUAUUACAUACAUACAUGCAAGGAGCAGUUGUUUCUUAUGCUUACCAUUGCAGAAAUGUUAUACACACAGAUUGUCCUAAUGGAAAUACUGUACUGUUAAAUCAUGUCACUUAUUUUUUACAAUUGCAGUAGAUUUGUUUUCAGUGACCAGUAGUACAAACGUCAACAGAUUUGUAUAGUAGUAAUAUUGAUGUCUUAAUGUAACCCUGGCAAAACUGGAUAGAACAAUUUUAACGCAUGUUAGGAAUCCACAUCUUCCAUUGCGGAUGUAUUAAAGUUUUAUAUAAUUACUGAUGCAAACUUAGUUGAAUUAAAAAACAAAUAAGAAUUUACUGGACCUACAUAUUUUCUAAAUUGUGAAUACUACAUUAUUUGUAAUUUGAAGCUGUUUCUUUAUUUUGGGUAAGAGGGGUACAGUACAGUAUUUCCAGGCUUUCUGCACAUUACCAACUGGGCCCGUUCUGUCACAAAAGACCCUGGUAAAGGGGCACCAUUUGUAUCUCCUGACAUGCCUUGUUUUAUUUUCAGUACCAGUGGAUGAAUGAAUGAAUGAAUGAUAUACUUGAAGAUAAAAUAAGCCUUGGGUAUUAACAUUGAUUUUCUAGACAGUCAAAUGGAAAUCAAACAAACCCCUGUAAAUGUGACGCCGAUUCUUUCCUCCUUUUUUGAAAAUUAUUCAAUAAUAUUUAUGCAAUCUCCUGGAAAGGUACUUGUGGAACAUGUUGUCACCACGCUGGCAAUCUGGCACAGAAAUGAGAUGCAGCUCUAAUAAAACUGAGGUGAAGAAGAGGGGGGUUGACAACUGUCCCGUUUGGAAGAAGAAGAAGAAUUUAUAAUGAACUGAAAAUAAAACCUUGUGUGUUGGAAUUUCUUUUGGUGCUACUUUUAAAUCUUAGUAAUCCCGAUUUGUUUUAUUAGGUCUGUGGUUUUCUGUUAAGCAACAAUUUCCCUAGCUCAUUUGGCUACAAAUGGAAUAGACAGUUAGAGGUAAUCUUUGCCAUUAUUUGGUCAUAAAGUACACAGAUAUUCAGUCAAUAUGAUGAUGAGGCAGUUGUGUAAGUUUAUAACCCCUCCUGUUAUGAAGAAUACAGUUAUUCGUUCACAUGGGCUGAAAGAAAGGGCAUCUAUGCAAUAGUUUUGUACAAAGGGACAAAACGAGAAUGGUACUGAAAGCAAUAGGCUAUUAAAACAGGAAAGAGGACCAAAUAAACGCAGUAGUGGAAUCGUUGGAAGUAUCUUUUUUUUUAUGUGUGUGUGUGUGUGUGUGUGUGUUUUUCUAACUAAACACGUUGGGUAACUGUGUUACUAACAGGACACACUGCUAUGAUUUUAAAAGUGCAUUCAAUUGGGAUACACACCUGUUGUUACACUGCAGUUUAUUUGACCUUGUUAUAAUAUUUAACUGUACUUGCUAUUCAAUAUCACAAAAAUGAACUGUAUGAACUGUUUGAAUGUAGCUGCAUUGGAAAUGUACUGUAGUUACAGUUAGUCUUAUAACUUGUUGUUAAAUGCUACUGCAGGUAACUACGUGUGAUUUUGUAAUGCUGUGAUGGUCCUAUCUGUAUAAAAUUGCUAUAAAGUA